UUCCUCGCUUGUCUGGCUCGAACUCGAACGCGACUACAUCCCCGUGCUAGACCAGCGAGCAAGUAGUAACGCCAGCGUUCGAGUUUUGUCUUUUGUUUAAUUCUUUUAUGUUUAUUUCGCCGGAACGACAUCAAGUCUGAGGUACGUUUUAUCAUCGAGUUGAUGGGCCGCUGGCGUGCGGGGAUCGACAUAAAUACGACGGCGCCGGUCUUCAUGGUAGAUUUGCAGUGCGAUCCAAGUAGUCGAAAGCGUAUUCAGGCAGCCUUCAACGUAAACAAAAAUGGAGCUAGGGGAGGGAGAGGCGCAGAUUUGUAGAUUGUGCGGCCAGUGUGAAAGUAUUUACAUCGAUAUAUUCGGCGAGGAAGGCACUAAAAGACUUCUGGGCUUGAAGAUCCACAAAAAAAUCAACAUUCUGAUAAAAGAGAAUGAUGGGCUGCCACAAACAGUUUGUAUGCGAUGUUGUGCCACGCUUGAAUUUUUCGACGAUUUUUACGAACAAUGCCAUCUCACCCAGCAAAAUCUACUUAAAGCUAGUCAAAAUGGAGUAGAAAAAAGAAUCAAUGAGGACGAUGAGCUGGAAUCAGAUAAGGAAAAUGCCGCCCCACCAAUGAACCGAAAUACAAAUGUUUUGUAUUCUCGUAAGAAUAAAAGGCUUCGUUUACAAACAGAUAAUAAUUGUGCUGACACCGAAGAUACAAUGAAACCGAAUAAUGAAAACUCAAAUGAAGCAUUAUCGACUAAUAAUGAGAAAAACGUUAAUUUAAAAACUACUAAGUCGUUGAAAAGAAAAGUGGAUGAUACUUCGCAAGAAAUUAUUGUUCGUACAUCUCUGAAGGAUACGAAGUCUUCAGAAAAUGUUAAUAUAAACCUGGAAGUGCCUGUACGACGCAAAAGGGGUCGGAAAAGUAAUUUGGAGAAGAUGAGAGAAGCUGUCACCGCGGCUAAUUCUAAGAAUCAAAUCCAAAGUGACCUAUGUGAUAAAUUUAAUGAGACAUGUAAAAAUUAUUGUACAAACACAUCGAAUUGUGUGACAAACAAUGCUGUGAUCUCAUGCGAACCGCAAGUUGUGGAAGCUAAAAAACAGAUAACGGCUGUGGAUACAUCGUCCAAACAAAAAGAUGGAAUUAAUAAUAUAUUAACUAAUAAAUUAAUAGAAUCUCAUAGCAGUAACACUGAGAAUCAAAUUAGCUGUAAUGCCAAAAACAAAUCUCCGAAAAGUAAAGCGAUAUCGGUUAUCGUAAAGCAAGAGAAAGGAGACGUAGAGAUUAAUAAUUUAAUAAAAAAGAAUAAAAAUAAAGUAGAGACGAUUACUCCAUUAACGGAGGAAACAGUGAGACCUGAGAGCAAUAAGACUGAUUUAGCGUCGGAACACGACUUAAUUACAAGUCCCGUAGCAGAAACUUCUGAUCGUAACAAUAAAGAAGUAUUUAAAGAACAGAAUCGUGUCACCGUUAUAAAGUGUUCGCGAUCUAACGAAAUUCUAAAUCCAGAAGUAACACGGGAAGAUUCUGUGGUAAUAAUAGACCAAAGUAUUAAAAGUGAUUUGGACGGAAGUCUUACCGACGAUUCUUUAUCUCGGAAGUCGAGUCAAGGUAGUUCUAGCGAAAUUAGGAGAAAAGAUAAAUUCGGCAAACUCUCCGAACUGAUUAGCGACGAACAGAAGCAGACUAUCGAGACUUAUUAUACGGUGAAUAUGUCGGUCAUCAAUGAGGAGGAAGUGCAGAGGCACAUAACGAUAGUCGAUAAAAAAAGCAUGCGCUGCAAUAUUUGUGGCAAUCUUUAUCUUAGAAUGGAUAAGUGUCAAGUACACGUUUGGGGACAUUUGCAAAUGAAACCGUAUCAGUGCAAGGCGUGUAAAUUUUCGACUGUCACUGUUACUAACGUUCGUUGCCACAUUCGCAAAAGUCACUUAAAGAUUAAACCGUUCGUGUGCCAUUUGUGCGAGAAGCGAUAUGUAACUGGUGUUCUCUUAAAAGAGCACCUAAAUAGUCACACAGGCGCCCGUCCAUAUAAAUGUAACGUUUGCGAUUACACGUGUUCAAAUAGGCAAAUAUUAAGUUACCAUAGUAAUAUCCAUAAACCAGUAAAGGAUGUUAGCUGCGAAAUUUGUAGCAAACAAUUUUAUUCGAAAGGCAGACUUCGCAGUCAUAUGUCGAUACAUAACAGAAGUAAGUUCGUGAUGUGUAAGUUGUGUUCAGCUUAUUUGUCUAACGCGGAAGCGUUGGAAAGUCAUCACAAAAAUGUCCACGCGCAGGAUUAUGUAUGCAAUGUUUGUGGUAAAUGCGUCAAAUCUAAAAAGGCGCUCAACAACCACCAAAACGUGCAUGCUGCUGCGAAGUAUAAGUGUACUAUUUGCCCGAACGUGUAUAAGAACAGCCAAGUGUUAAAAGAACAUCUCUUGAAGCACGAAGGCAUUAGAAAAUACGAAUGUAAAGUUUGUAGCAAGAAUUUCGGACAACAAUCUCAUUUAGCUGCUCAUAUGGCUGUUCACAGUAAAAUUAGAUUUCAUUGCCCUGGAUGCGAUAAGCCUUUCAAUCGACAUGACAAUAUGAAAAUACAUACGAAGCGUUGUAAGUCCUUCCAAAAGAAUCCGGAACUGAAGAAUCUUUUACUCAAAAGAGACAGAACUAUAUCGUUCAAUAAUGCUUCUGAAUCAACCACUAACACCAAACUAAAAAGUGAAAAUGACAAUGACUUGUUAAACAAUGUCAAAACAGAACAAGGGACUGCGAUAAAUCUUUGUACACUGGACUUGAAUAUUUCUUGUAUAAAGAAAUCGGAUAACAAGUGGAACGGUGACAAUAUUCGCAACGAAGCCGCCGUUGCGAAGUCCAGUCUGCAGAACGCUGAACUGAUACCGCAUAACGAAAAUAUGAUCGUACUUGAGAAUAUUUUAGCCCCAGAAAGCUAUUAAUAAUUUCUGUGAUGACUGUACAGUCAUCGAAGUUAAUUAUGAAAGAAUUCAAUCAAAUACGAAGCUAUCAGAUAAUUUUUAAUUAUUUUAAUAUUAAUGAAAAUUAUUAGAUAGAAGUACGCGUUUACAUUUUAUAUAUUUAAACUAUCAUUCUUAUAUCGUUUUAAGUAGAUUAAGAUUUCGAAUCGAUUUCGAUAGUUUAAGAUCUAGUUAUAGAUAAUUUUACAACGGAUGAUAUUGACUAUAUUUUUAAAUAGAAUACUGUACAAAAAUCAAUUUAUACGAGUGAUAAUUACAAUUAUAUACAAGGUGAUAUCGUGGUACAACCUACAAGUGGGUUCACAUAAAACUGACCCGAAAAUAGAAUAAUGUUUUUUAAUUUCCGAGAUAAUUCAGUUUCAGUCGUCAAGUACAGUUUGACAAUAUUUUCUUCGUUCACGUGAUCGCCAUGAAUCGCUACAGUAGCUUACAUGUUUAACUAAUAUCAGUUAUGAUAUUUUAGUAAUAAAUUACAAUGUUCGACAACUUAUCUUUGUAUUGAUCUUUAGAAUGAUCACACGCCUGGACGAUAUUAUUAUGAUUAAGCAAGCGAGACAGAUUUUGUCCUUAACAGGUUUUUACACCGAAUGUCAAAACACAGAAAUUAUGCUGCGUAUGAAAGAAUUUGUUAUACUGAGUGAAGUGAAUAAUUGAAUUUACUGUUUUUCUCCUAGAGUAAAGUCUUUAUAAAAACUCUUAAUGAAGAAGAAAUCAAACUAAUACCAUCUUAUUGAUGGUAUACUUCGACUGAUGACUCAUAUAUAUAUAUAUUUAAUAUCAUAUAUAUAUAUAAAAUUUAUAUAUAUUUUCGACUCAGUUUUAUGAAAGAAAAUAUCUCUUUGUAUCACGAUUUCAGAAACGCUGUCUGUACUUAAAUCAAUUAAAUGCAGCCUUGAUGAAAUCUAUGUCUCGCGACCAAAGAGAAUUAUAUUAUGAUGUAAGCCUCUUAUCUUUUACGAACUUAUGUUUUGGUAUGAAACAGAUCACUCGUACGCUUCAUUCAUUCCUAAGUAAGAAGAUAAGACUGAUAAGAAGAAUAUGUCAAUUUGAAAGUUCCUAACGAAAGUAAUAAAGAAGCAUAAAAGAUGCAAGGAGAAUUUUGUAUCUGGUUUUACUGGUUCGUGUAGGAGAAUACGCGGUGUCAACUUUCUCCCGUAUCUCCUUUUAAUAUUAUGAUAAUGUCUUUUUACAAUUUAAAACUUUUUAAUUAAAAGGACACAAAACAUUUCUUGAAUCGACUGCAAUAUAAAAAAAUAAAGAAAUUGCUAUUCCAA